AUGUCUCCCAAACAAAGGAAGAAAGCAUCUCCCCGUGUGAAACAGCAACUAUCAUCUGGCUCUGAUUCUUCUUCUGUGACAUCCCCCGUAAUAUCAGCAACCACAACCAAUUACCGUGAAAUCCACCUCAAUGAGGUGGAGGCACUCCGUUCCAUCUAUGGCGAUGAUUUCCAAGAAGUUGAAACCCGGCGCACUGCGUGGCAGCAAUCGUCCAACGUGACAUUUAAACUCCAGCUCCGUGCUUCCUCAAAUCCAGACCUCUACUUGGUGCUGCUCGUGGAGCUUCCGGCCACAUACCCGAAGACCACUCCCAAUCUGGCCCUACAAAAGCUCGACGACCUCCGUGAAAAUGCCCGUUCACGAAUCCAGAAGAUCAUUCGGGACAAGCCAAAACAUCUUUUGGGAAGUGAGAUGAUUUUUGAGCUGGCCGUGUCAAUUCAGGAUGUAUUGGAGGAUGUUGCCCAAGCGCGCGAGCAUGACAAAGACUUGCCGAGUCUCGAGGAGGAGCGCAUAGAGCAAGAGGCUGCCGCCAUUCAUCGUGCCGAACUGGAAAAGCAAGAAGAGUUGCGAAAGCAGGAGGCCGCUCAAGCAGAAGAGGCACGUGCGUUGCAGCUGAUGCUGGAGGACCGGGCGCGCCAGCGAAACAAGGCCCAGCUUUUGCGACGCAAGAGUCGGACUGGUGGUGUCGACCUAGGUGAUGUUGAAGAUCUUGUCGACAAUACGCCAGGCGCCAUUCGAUUUGAUCCUCCUAUCACUGUUAGCGAUGCGGACGACAAUCCACUUUUCUUCCACGCCAAAACUCUGCUACAGACCAAGCAAGGGAAGAAGGCUUUCACCGUCCGGCCUGUUGUUCCUGAGGACAGAUGCCAUGUCCCUCUACUCAAGAUCAGAACCAGCGAGGACAGGCUGGAAGGGCUGAAAAAAUUACGGCAUCCGAAUCUCGUUGAGUUCUUGGGAUUCAAGAUCAAUCGCCCACCCACGAGCUUUGGUUCGGCAGAAAGUGCAUGGACCGUUCUUACUCUGACGGAAUUUGCCAACAAGGGUUCGCUGCUGGAACUUCUCGACAUCGUGGGUACGGUCGCUGUCGAUACCUUACGAGGCUGGAUGAUCCAACUCCUAGAGGCCUUGGAAUUUUAUCAUCGCAGUGGCUUCGUGCAUGGCAAUAUUCAUUGCGGCCGUGUCAUGCUGAACAGAAAUUCUUCUGGGGGUACUACCGUCAAACUUGAAGCUGGCGUCGAAGAAACCCUUCCCGAAUCUCUUGGUACAAAGCGAUCAUUAACCACCUCAAAAUCUCCACUGUGGCUGCCCCCCGAGCUGACACAGGAGGGGGCGACUCCAAGCAUGAAGACUGACGUCUGGGACCUUGGCAUUAUCUUGCUCCAGAUGGCCUUCGGCAAGGAUGUCCUGCUUCGUUAUACUUCAGCCAAUCAACUCAUAGUCUCUCUGAGUCUGUCUCCUCCACUGCAGGACCUCCUCGGGGAAUUCUUCCGGCCUGAUCCCAAGAAGCGACCGACUGCGUUUCAACUACAACCGUCAGAGUUCUUCCGGGUGGAUGCACCGUUGACGAUGCGUGACAGGUCUUCCAACUCGGUUUCGAUGCAGCGUCGACCUCGUCUGGACUCAUUCGGAGCCAUGCCUGCCUUUUCUCGGUACCACCAAGACUUUGAUGAAGCCGGUCACCUAGGGCGAGGCGGCUUUGGCCAAGUUGUCAAAGCAAGGAAUAAACUGGACGGUCGAUUCUAUGCCAUCAAGAAAAUCUCUCAAACUUCGUCAGCGGCUUUGAAGGAUACCCUCUCGGAAAUUAUGCUUCUUUCAAGAUUGAAUCACCCUUACGUCGUUCGGUACUAUACUGCAUGGCUGGAAGAAGACUUCAAUCAGGUUGAAGACGAAGCAAUCUCAUCCACUGAAGGUGACCCUUUCUCAAGCCAGGAACACCGCGGCUUUAGUACUGGUGGCUUGGAUUUUAUCAGCUCGAGCGGGUAUCCAAAGAUUGAGUUUGCUGCUUCAGAUAGUGAAGACGAAUUGAGCCGAACGCUGUCCGAGGCAGAUGACAGUGAAACCUCUGUCACAUUCGAGAGUGACUCCGGAUCUGAGCGCAGUGGUGAGCUCAGUAGGGCUCAUUCUGGCUCGUAUGGCCGUCCUAUUCUCACUACCCUUUACAUUCAAAUGGAAUACUGCGAGAAACAUACACUGCGUGAUUUGAUCAAGAACGGCCUGUACGAUGACAUAGAUCGCUCCUGGCGGUUGUUUAGACAGAUUCUCGAUGGUCUAAGCCAUAUCCACAGCCAUGGCAUUAUUCACAGAGACCUGAAGCCAGACAAUAUCUUCAUUGAUGUUGCCAACAAUCCCCGAAUCGGAGACUUUGGGCUGGCCACGAGUGGGCAAUUCACCACUGCAGUACGCUCGUCUGCGGCUGCGGACUUUGAAGGGGACUUCACUCGCAGCCUAGGCACAACGUACUACGUGGCGCCAGAAAUGAAAUCCGGACUGCCAGGCCAUUACAACGAGAAAGUUGAUAUGUUCUCACUUGGCGUCAUUCUCUUCGAGAUGUGCUACCCUUUGACCACAGGCAUGGAGCGCGAUCAUACACUGCGGGCGAUAAGAGAAAAAUUCCACACGUUGCCACCUACGUUCCGUGAAUCUGAGAAGGUUGUGCAGGGUCAGAUUAUUGAGUCUCUACUCAGUCAUGAUCCGGCGGCACGCCCAACUGCGGCUGAGCUUCUCUCCAGCGGCAAAAUCCCUCUCCAAGUCGAAGAGGAGACAUUCCGGCGUGCGAUUGUUCAUUUGCUGUCUGAUCCGAGCUCUCCCGACUACAAGAAGAUUUUGUCUGCAAUAUUCUCUCAAUCACCCAAGAAGUUUGAGGACAUUGCUUGGGAUGUAGAAUCGCAAACAACACCCGCUGCGAAUGAACUCCUAGUUCAGGGACUCGUCAGGAAGCGGCUUACCUCGAUCUUCCGCAGGCAUGGGGCGGUGGAAUCACCGAGACAGAUGCUUUUCCCCCGGUCGCAUCAUUACACAUCCGGCGCCAUGCGCUUGCUGGAUGCUUCGGGUAAUUUGUUGCAACUGCCAUUUGAUCUGACGCUUCCAAAUGCUCGGGCCAUCCCGCGCCAAGAUCCUUCCCUGGAGAAGACCUACGCCUUUGGCCUUUGGGACCUCGAUUUCGAUAUCGUCUCGUACAACACCUUGGAUCUUGCCCUGAAAGAAGCAGAAGUGAUCAAGGUUCUUGACGAGAUUAUCGAUGAAUUUCCACCGCUUCGUUCUGCGACCAUGUGUUUCUUGAUCAAUCAUUCCGACCUGCUUCAGCUCAUCAUGGAAUUCUGCCGUAUCACUCCCUCCCAAGUUCCACUCGUGAAGGAAGUGAUCAGUAAACUCAAUAUUGGGAGGUACACCAUGCAAAAGAUUCGAAGUGAGCUUCGUUCGCCGUCUAUCGGAGUUGCGUCGACAUCCUUGGAUGACCUAGCGCGAUUCGACUUCCGUGAUUCUCCCAAGGAGACUUUACGCAGACUCUCCAAUAUCAUGGAAGGCACAGAAUUCGCUGACCGGCUUGCCCCUAUUUUCGCCCGUCUGAAUGUGCUUAUGAAGUACCUGCACAGCUUUGGCGUCAAGCGCAAGAUCUACAUUAAUCCCCUGAGCAGUCUUCAUGACAAGUUCUACCGGGGGAGCGUCUUGUUCCAGUGCAUCUUUGACACCAAGCGCCGUGAUGUCUUUGCUGCAGGUGGUCGCUAUGAUCGUCUGAUCCAAGAAUUUGCACCAAAAGCCUUGUCAAACAGACCGCAGGCUCAUGCCGUUGGUUUCAACCUGAGUUCAGACCGGCUGGGCUCUUCUAUGGCCGAGUAUUUGAAGUCAAGAACGCCACAUAAAGAGACGGAGAGUCCGACUGAAAGAUACUGGACUGCUCGAAGAUGUGAUGUUCUGGUGGCUAGCUUUGAUGCAACGAUCCUUCGCACCACAGGCGUCAAGAUCAUCGAGGAUCUUUGGACGAACGGAAUCAGUGCUGAACUUGCCGUGGAUACAUCCUCACUGGAAGAGUUGAUGGCAAGAUACCGGGAGCACAAUCAUCGCUGGAUUGUCAUCGCCAAGCAAGAUAGUAAAGAACGAGGCUACAAAGUCCGAAGUCUCUUGAGGAAAGAGGAAUUUGAUAUUCGCAGCUCUGAACUUGUUUCUUGGCUUCGGAGUGAAAUCCAGGCCCGUCAUCACCGAGAAGGCAAUUUCGACCCACGCCAGAAUCGCCAAUCGAGUCAACAGGAUGCCUUACUUGCGGGCGAACGAGCGAAUGACGUUCGUAUUCUUGUCCCCCAGCAUCGGAGCAAGAAGACCAAUCGUCGAAACAUCAUCGAGUCGGCUCUUCUACACUCUCGCGAGGUUGUUGAAAAUGCCCGCAACGGUCCUAUCGCUGCAAUCGACACCCGAGAUGAUGUGCUCGACUCCAUUCGAAACACGAGGCUCUCUGAUCCGGAUAGUUGGCGCGCUGUCAUCCAGAAUGCGCCUUUGACGGAGAGAAAGUAUUUGAGCCAGGUAUACGAGCUGCUCAGUGAUCUGGCUUCGGAGAGCCGUACAGAUGACAACGCCGAGAGUUACAGCAAUGCUUUUAUUUACAAUUACAGGACAGGAUCCUGCGUCUAUUAUGACCUCGGCUCUGGCGACAAGUGA